CCCGCCAUACCCCUCCGCCGCCGUAACCCUACUCCGUUGUCCUCCUCGUCCCGCCUUCGCCCCGAAACCACUGCACCUGCACCUGCACCACCGCGGCCGGCCGCCCCUGAGCCACAGCCGACGGCAUGAGGAGGCUUGAUGCUGUGCACUUCUCCAUGCUGCUCGUCGGGGUCUCCUUUGCGUGCUACGCCCCGAGCUUGGAUUCCCUGCAGGAGCAGGCGUACCGAUCGGCCGUGGUGAUCGAGGGCGAGGUCCAGGAACUGCCCGCCAACGCCUCCGCUGAAACGUACAGCGUGAGCGUCCGAGUCCUAGACGUGUGGCCGACCAACAGUGGCGGGCUCGAGCGCCAGCAGCUCGUCACCGUUGGCGACUUUGGCUCUGAGGCUCCGUGCGUCGCAGUGGAGAAGGACCACAGAUACAUAUUUUUCAUGGACCCAACAGAGGAGCCUCUGGUGUUCAGGGCGUCGUUUGCUCCUCGUGAAACCGUUGAGAAGAAUCUCAAAAAAGAUGUGGAGCGCGUUCUGUGCGAAGACUGCGCAUUAGCCCCGAAGGUGAAACCCAUGCGUUCUCAGUGGGUGUGGGAGGAUGAGCGUGUGACCCUAAAAUGUGAGGUGCAGGGCAACCCAAGCCCAUCCUUUCGCUGGCUCAAAGAUGGGAAUGAACUCCGCAAGAGCAAAGAUGUCAAAAUCAAAACCAACAAGAAAAACUCAAAGGUCCAGAUUAGCCAAGUGAGACUGGAAGAUUCUGGGAACUACACGUGCGUGGCCGAAAACUCGCUGGGCAAGGAUAACUCCACCAGCUACAUCAGCGUCCAAAGCAUAACUACCACGCUGUCUCCAGGCUCCAGCCAUGCCAGAAAGUGCAAUGAGACGGAAAAGGCAUACUGUGUCAAUGGUGGUGACUGUUAUUUCAUACAUGGUAUAAACCAGCUGUCCUGCAAGUGUCCAAAUGACUAUAAUGGUGAUCGCUGUGAAACCUCCGUUAUGGCCAAUUUCUACGAGCAUCUUGGAAUUGAAAUUAUGGAGGCAGAAAAACUGUACCAAAAGCGGGUCCUGACAAUAACAGGCAUUUGCGUGGCUCUGCUGGUGGUUGGCAUCGUGUGUGUUGUUGCAUACUGCAAAACCAAGAAACAAAGGAAGAAGAUGCAAAGCCAUUUGCACCAGAACAUGUGUGUAGAACACCCUAAUCGUAUGCUGGCCAAUGGACCCAACCACCCAGGGCCUGGUCCCGGCCCGGAGGAGAUCCCUAUGGUCGAUUAUAUCUCUAAGAAUGCCCCAGCCACCGAGCGAGUGAUACGACAUGGAACAGAGACAUCGGGCAACUUCUCGGGCAGCCGGAUGUCCUCGCGGUCCCACCACUCCUCUACUGCCACCCACGCUUCCAGUCACCGGCAUGAGGAGAGGACAUGGAGUAUGGAGAGGUCAGACAGCAUGAACUCGAACUGCCACUCGGGGGCACUCUCUUCCUCAGUGGGCACCAGUAAAUGCAGCAGUCCAGCAUGUAUGGCUCGGCAUGCAGCACACCGUGGCUAUUCUGAGCCUGCACGGAGCCCCCUGCAGUACGGAGACUCAUUCGACUCUCUGCGGGACUCACCUCACAGCGACAGGUAUGUGUCAGCACUGACCACGCCGGCCCGUCUGUCUCCAGUGGACUUCCACUCCUCCUCACUGCCCCAGCAGGUGCCUACCUUCCAGAUCACGACACCCAAUGCCAGCCAUGCACUGUCCCUACCGCCGGCUGUAGGUUCCUACUCACCUGGCGAUGAUCAGCCACUCCUACGCCGGCCACGCCGUACACGUAACCCAUACCACAGUGAGGGGACCGGCUCUCUCCCGUCUAGCCCAUACCGCCUUGCGGACGAUGAGGACUACGAGACAACACAGGAGUACAUGUCGUCCCGCGAGCAGCCCAAAAAGAGUGGCAGCGGGCGACGCUGGCACAGGAGGUCACGCCUCAAUGGACACGUUUCCCAGCGUGCCAAGGGGCCGAGAGACUACAGCUCGCAGAGUUGCCUGUCGGACAGCGAGUGGGAGGAGGAGGAGGAGGAGGAUAUGGGUGAGCUGGGGCAUGGCGAGAGCACGCCUUUCCUCAGCAUGCAGAACAUGAGCAUGAACAACGAGCCGGCCACCAUCUACCGGCCCAAUGACAUGCGGACGUACAGCAGUACAGCACGCAGCACGUCACGCUCAAACACACACACAAACAAACUGUCACAGUCACGGUCCAAACCGGACAAUGCACCCCUUUAAACAAAGAGCAGUGACGAGGACAGUGAAACAACAUAUCUAGGAGAGAGAGAGAAAAAAUGAUAUAUGCUAUAGACCUGCACCUAUAAGAAAUAUUUUUUAUUUUAUAUAACAGACAGAUAUUCUAAACAAAGGAAAUAUUUAUUUUCAUUUCAGCAAAAAUUGUCUACUAGCUAGCAGCAAAGACUUUUUUAUAGGGGGGAAUAUUUAUAUGUAAUUUCUGUUCUUUGGUUUACAGCAUUACGAAGAAGAAUCACGUGCCAAUUUUUUCACAACUUAGAAAUAGAAUAAUAUUGUGGUGCCUUUUGCUGUAUGCCGAUGAGGGAGGUUCCGUUGAGUUUUUUGUAGCCUUUCUUAAAAUGGACUCCUGGGUUUUAUAUAGACAUGUUUUGUUUUUGUUUUUUUUUCUCGUUUUCUUUUUGAUUUGUUUGUUCAGGAUCUCCCCAUUUGAACUGUGAUCUAAUUCUGACAUCAUGCAAUAUGGGAAUCACUUUUAUGUAAGAUGUUUGUUUACAUGAGUAGGGGUCCACAUACUGGUCAUUGUCCCAAGGCAUAUAUACAAUCACCAUGGGCACGCUGUUUCCUGUUUGAGACAGGAAAUGGUGUGUUUGUGUAGACAUUCUAAUGCUUUCUACACAAUGCCCCCCCUCCCACACACACACACACACACACUGGUUAUCACAUAUUGUUUGCAGGUCUGCAGGUGUUCAUAGGGCAUUGUACUAGGUCAUGGUACCUGCCCCGGUGUUCAGGGUUUUCAAAAUGGCAGUGUGUGUACGUCCAAUGAAUGUGUUUACUCUACUGUAUGUAAGAGAAGGGGACUGUGUAUGUAUUUGUGUGUGUGUGUGUUUGAGUGUUGUGCUCUCUGUGUGUGCAUGUGAAUGCUAGGUUGAGUCUGUAGUCUGUCUGUAUGUGUUUGGUUUUGUCGGUAUGCACCUGCGUGUUGUGUGUUGAAGUGUAACAGGCACUAGUCUAAAGGUUUGGGUGUAUGUUUGUAUCUAAGUGUGCUCUCUCUGAUGGGUUUUGUCAUAGGGGAGCUCUGACACUCUGUUUCCAUUAUGUUGGCUUUGAAAGAACGAUGAAAGACACACUGGUGACUUUGCCGCUACCCAGUGGCAAGAUGAGCUCAUUGCACUGUACCCUUCCUUCCAUGUGUAGUGUUUGGCAGUGGUGCCGCCUGCAGAUGAACCAAUCCAGCCUGAUUCUAGCCUACAUAGACUGACAUAUCCCGUUAGCUCACACGCCCCUGUUCCUAUGCCAGCAGCUUAAAGCCGCAAUGUGUCUCAGGACUUUCCAUCCAAAAACCCACAUGAUCCAUACGCACUCCUCACUCUCAGAUCUGAUCCGACACUCUGAGAAUGAUACCACUGGCUAUUUUUUGCUCAUUUGUGAAACCUGUAGAAAGUCUGUGAUGACCUGACAUUUUAAAGUGCUUUUUCUGCUGCCCCCUUUGUCUCUUUGGUUGUGUUUUGUCUGUAUGCAAGCUGCUGUUAGCAGUGCAGGUUCGGGCGUGCUACUUUAAGCGAACAGAUUGUGAAAUGACCUCUUUUUUAGUUUCUCACUUGCCCAAAACCCUUGAAAGCGCUCCAUCCAGCAAUGUUACACACCCAAAAUUGCCCUAUCCACACGCAAACACACCCACCUCCACGCCUGUAUCCGCAUAACAUACACUGUGUCCUUGCAUCCAAAUACACUCCUACACACUCACCCAAAGCUUCUCCUGACUCAUGGAUUUCCUUCAUUCCUUUCUCUCUCUCUUCUCUUGUUCUGUUCUUCCUCUGUCUGCCUGUCGAGGCUUCCCUUUUUCUGCAUGUCCUAGUGGUUCUGGUAGAUGGGUGCAUGGUAAACGCAGCAACCGAGUUGUCUUCACACGGUGAAAGUGUACUUUUCAUUUUGACAUCCAGCAAUAAACCCCCCUUUUUUUCAUGCCCAUUCUUGACUUGGAAUAUGCUAGAAAUUUUUGCAAGUUUUCUCAGAAAAUAGUACUUGUACAAAAAUCAAACCACUUGUUCAUAUGGAAAAAAAAUAAAUCUUUAUUCCUACCAUUUUAAAAAAAAAAAAAAAUUCCCAAUUUGUCAUAUUUAUGUAAUGUUUCUUACUCAUUUUCAGUGAAGUCUCACAGAAUUUCUUCCUGCAAGCAUUUAAAGAACGGUAGGUAUUUCACUAUUCUAAACUACUGCCAAAAUAUACAUCCAUAAAAGCCUGACAUGUGUAUUGUCACACAAGACAUGACAUUUUGUAACCCAAGGUUUGUUUUCUUUAUCUGACAAGUUCCUUUCAUGACAGAGCACAAGUAAAAAGAAAGGAAUGCAGCAUGACCAGAACAA